AUGUCCGCGCAUGUUGCGAGAAUCCUGUUGUAUUGGCGGUUUGCCUUUGGCUCGGUGCAUAAGGUUUGCGGGAAGCCAACAUACAGCUCCGAGAGCGAGAGCUUAAGAAAAGGCUCGCAACUUGGGCUGACAGAUGUCGAGAGAGAAGGCGGGAAGGAUCUUGACAGCCUGAGCCGUGCCCGUGAUCUGACAGCGAAAGAGCACCUGCCCCAAAGUGCGGGCUUUAGCUGGGCAAAGAAGUGGCCUGUGGCAACGCCGAGGUUGACAACGGUCCAGGAAGAGCUGAGUUCAAGUAAGCAGGCCGGUGAUUUCUUGCAACUGCAGCACGACCUGGAGCAUGCGCACGAAGAGCUGCGAGUGCUGCAAAAGAAACUGGAGCUCUGUCGCGAGGCUGUCGUGACAGCUGUGAAAAGCAUUGACGCAGUGUACGAGGAGGUGCCUGACGAGGAUGGGAAGGAUGCUAACCUCAGCAGGGACGAGGCUCAGCAGUUGCGCGGCCACCAGGCGAAGCAGAAGGCAGCCAAUGCUAUGGACGCCGACAAGGCCAUCUCGGAGCUUCUGGCAGUUGUGGGCAAUCCAGCAACGAUCUUGCCGGAUAAGGAGGUGGUCGAGGAGAAGUACAAGACUUCUGGGGAGAAUGCGGAUUGCGGAGCCAGCCCGGCUUUAGAGAAGCUGCUGGAGAUGAAGGUGUGUGUGUGUGUGUGUGUGUUCUCCGUGUGUGGGGUGCAUGCUUGUUUGCGGUGUCCAAAGGGGUUACCGAUUGCUUUUCACUGCUAG